AGGACUUCAGGAGCCAUGCCGAAGCCACACAGAGAAGCAGGGACUGCCUUCAUUCAGACCCAGUAGCUCCACGCAGCCAUGGCUGACACCUUCCUGGAGCACAUGUGCCAUCUGGACAUUGACUCCGCGCCCAUCACAGCCCGUAACACCGGCAUCAUUUGUACCAUCGGCCCUGCUUCCCGGUCUGUGGAGAUGCUGAAGGAGAUGAUCAAGUCUGGAAUGAAUGUGGCUCGGCUGAAUUUCUCUCAUGGAACCCAUGAGUACCAUGCAGAGACCAUUAAGGACAUGCGAGCGGCCACAGAGAGCUUUGCAUCUAAUCCCAUUCCCUACCGUCCCAUGGCAGUGGCUCUGGACACAAAGGGACCUGAGAUCCCGACUGGACUCAUCAAGGGCAGUGGCACUGCAGAGGUGGAGCUGAAGAAGGGAGCCACUCGGAAGAUCACCUUGGACAACGCCUACAUGGAGAAGUGUGAUGAGAACAUCCUGUGACUGGACUACAAGGACAUCUGCAAGGUGGUGGAGGUGGGCAGCAAGAUCUAUGUGGACGAUGGGCUCAUCUCACUGCAGGUGAAGGAGAAAGGUGCUGACUUCCUGGUGACAGAGGUGGAGAAUGGUGGCUCCUUGGGCAGCAAGAAGGGUGUGAACCUGCCCGGCGCUGCUGUGGACCUCCCCGCCGUGUCAGAAAAGGACAUCCAGGACCUGAAGUUUGGGGUGGAACAGGAUGUGGACAUGGUGUUUGCAUCUUUCAUCCGCAAGGCAGCCGACAUGCAUGAAGUUAGGAAGGUCCUGGGAGAGAAGGGGAAGAACAUCAAGAUUAUCAGCAAAAUCGAGAACCAUGAAGGUAUCCGCAGGUUUGAUGAGAUUCUGGAGGCCAGAGAUGGGAUCAUGGUGGCUCGUGGUGACCUGGGCAUUGAGAUUCUUGCAGAGAAGGUCUUCCUGGCUCAGAAGAUGAUGAUCGGCCGAUGCAACCGCGCCGGGAAGCCUGUCAUCUGUGCCACACAGAUGCUGGAGAGCAUGAUCAAGAAGCCACGCCCCACCCGUGCUGAAGGCAGCGAUGUGGCCAAUGCAGUCCUCGAUGGGGCAGACUGCAUCAUGCUGUCUGGAGAAACAGCCAAGGGGAACUACCCUCUGGAAGCUGUUCGCACGCAGCACCUGAUUGCCCGAGAGGCAGAGGCCGCUAUCUACCACUUGCAGUUAUUUGAGGAACUCCACCGCCUGGCGCCCAUUAUCAGCGACCCCACAGAAGCUGCCGCCGUGGGUGCUGUGGAGGCCUCCUUCAAGUGCUGCAGUGGGGCCAUUAUCGUGCUCACCAAAUCUGGCAGGAAUGCUCACCAAGUGGCCAGGUACCGCCCUCGGGCUCCUAUCAUUGCUGUGACACGCAAUCCCCAGACUGCUCCCCAGGCUCAUCUGUACCGUGGCAUCUUCCCUGUACUGUGUAAAGAUGCCGUACUAAAUGCCUGGGCUGAGGAUGUUGACCUCCGUGUAAACUUGGCCAUGGAUGUUGGCAAGGCCCGAGGCUUCUUCAAGACUGGAGAUGUGGUCAUUGUGCUGACUGGUUGGCGCCCUGGCUCUGGCUUCACCAACACCAUGCAUGUAGUGCCUGUCCCUUGUAGUGCUCACUCUGGGCCAUAGUGUGGCGCUGGUGGGCUGGGAUACCAGGAACAAUUAAUGCCUCUGAAACAUGCAAUAGAGCCCAGCUAUUUUUCAUGGCCCUACUUGAGUCAGGGGUGAAGGAGGAAUUCACAGAAGGGCAGCAUCAUCUCUGUGUACUUUGCUCCUGUAGGAAGUUGUCCAGAGAAUUCCCAGCCCUAGCCUGGUGUCAGGAGAGGGCAAGAGUAGGGGCUGAGGGCAUGGGGCCCAGUCAUCCCAGUGUAGAUGACUUUUGGCCCUGGCCCUGACUUGCUUUCCCAACAGCUUUGGCCUCCCCGCCCCUCCUUGUGCACUCCACUGCUGUCUGCAGACACUCCACUCUCCACCUUGUAUUCUGCAGUCUCCAGGCCUGUUGCUAUAGUGCCCACUGAAUGUCAAUAAACAGCAGCU